CUCCGCCCGCCAGCCCCGGGGACCGCGCCGCCCGAGCCCGGCCCCUCCCUCGCCGGGGCCCGGGCCGCAGCGGGCCGGGGGCGGGUCCCGACACCCACCAUGCGGGCAGAGCUCUGGCUCCUGGUGCUGGUGCUCAGGGAGGCUGCCCGGGCGCUGAGCCCCCCGCCCGGAGCAGGUCAGGAUGCAGGCGGAAGCUCUGGGCGGGCUGCCAAGCGGAUCACGCAGGGAUGGAGUCGGAGAGCCCGAGAGAGCCCCGGGCAGGCAUCAGAGUCGGACAGGACCCAGCUGAGCCAAGACCCGGGUGGGGGCACCCUGGCCAUUGACACACUGCCAGAUAACGGGACCAGGGUGGUGGAAGACAACCACAGCUACUAUGUGUCCCGUCUGUACGGCCCCAGCGAGCCCCGCAGCCGGGAGCUGUGGGUAGACGUGGCCAAGGCCAACCAGAGCCAAGUGAAGGUCCACAGAAUCCUCUCCAACACUCACCGGCAGGCUUCGAGAGUGGUCUUGUCCUUUGAUUUUCCUUUCUACGGGCAUCCUCUGCGGCAGAUCACCAUAGCAACCGGAGGCUUCAUCUUCAUGGGUGACACGAUCCACCGGAUGCUCACGGCUACUCAGUAUGUGGCGCCUCUGAUGGCCAACUUCAACCCUGGCUACUCUGACAACUCAACAGUCGCUUACUUUGACAAUGGGACGGUCUUUAUUGUUCAGUGGGACCACGUCUACCUCCAAGGCCGGGAAGACAGAGGCAGCUUCACUUUCCAGGCAGCUCUGCACCAAGACGGCCGCAUUGUAUUUGGCUACAAAGAGAUCCCUAUGUCUGUCCUGGAAAUCAGCUCCUCCCAGCACCCCGUCAAAACAGGCCUGUCAGAUGCCUUCAUGAUUCUCAACCCGUCCCCGGAUGUACCAGAAUCUCGGCGGAGGACUAUCUUCGAAUACCACCGUGUGGAGCUGGACCCCAGCAAGGUCACCAGCAUGUCAGCUGUGGAGUUCACCCCACUGCCAACCACUUCUCACCCCUCCGAAACCUCCUUAAAGUCCCAUCUGGACCUAAGUGAUUCCACUAAUCUUAUGCCUUCUCUCCUCUUUAAAGACGACACCAAGUUGAACCCCUAUGCAGGAGGAGAUGGCCUUCAGAACAACCUGUCCCCCAAGACAAAGGGCCCCCCCGUGCACCUGGGCACCAUCGUGGGCAUCGUGCUGGCCGUCCUCCUGGUAGCAGCCAUCAUCCUGGCUGGGAUUUACAUCAACGGCCACCCCACCUCCAACGCUGCGCUUUUCUUCAUCGAGCGGAGACCUCACCACUGGCCAGCUGUGAAAUUCCGCAACCACCCCAACCACGCCACCUACACGGAGGUCGAGCCCUCGGGCCACGAGAAGGAGGGCUUCGUGGAGGCUGAGCAGUGCUGAGAGCACCCGGUCUCCCCUUGGAAGGACAGGAAAGAAGACCCCGGGACCCCAGAAAAGACCAGUCAAAAGCAAAGCGGAGAAGUGACUUUCCUUGGCUUCCUCUGAACAUGUCCUGGCUGGGACGAUGAAGAUGAGUCCAUGGCUUGUGUCGCCAGAGCCACAGUUUGGCCAUCACACCCCAUAUCCUGAAGCAGGGGGCAGAAAAGCAACCACGUGAGGUUUUUAAGGGAUGACAACCUGAUUUCAUCCUGUUUUGAUGUAAGGGGUCCCUGUCCCCUUCUGGGUCUCUCAGUGGUCUCCUCGGUGGUACUGCCCCAGGGGCCCCUCCCACCUGGAGAUGGCCAGACACCCUGCUCCGGUCACCUAACGCCCCUCCGUGUGACACAGAGGCCAAAACUCUAGAUUGGGGCGGCCCCAUUCCAGGGUCCAUAGACUCCAGAGCUGGUCCUCAUGGCUAUGGAUUCAGUGUAUUUUCCCCAGCCUCUGUGGUUCUGGAAGUCUGAAGAAGUUUUAUCCAUCUGUUAAGCACAGGUAUGGCUUUGUAUGGCAGGUUGUCAUCAGAGGAAAGCCAAGUGGGAGGAGACAAAACACCUGGCGGGGAAAGUUGCAUUUACCCUCUUUCGACUGACUCAUCCUUUCUGCUGGCAACCAGUCCUUCCGCAACGAACGUGCGUGCAGCCCACAUCAUGGGCUUUACCGCAACUGCGGCCCAGCCUUGGCCUGGUGAGCCGUGCUGUGUGUGGCCGCAUCCACAGUGUGGGGCUCUUGAUUCCAAUGGCACGUUCGGCGGCCACUGAAUUCACUGGCCUGGCCUGUCAGUGUCAGCAGGUACCUUCAAAGGCAGGGCCUGCCAGACUAAUUCUUUUCUUCCUCUGAGCUGAAUGUUUCUAGCCAUUAAAGAGAAGAAACAGGCUGGCAGGAGGGCUUCUGGAGACCUACUCGGCAGGGAACUUCAGUUGGAUUCUGUUGAGGAGCAAAGCGGCCGGAAUGGAUGGGCCAGAGGAAGCCGGCACGGGCAGGAAGGACUUUCCACGCGACCUUGACCUGGAAAGUGGCUUCCAUCUUUUUCCAGCUCCGGUGGAAGCUUUUGGAGCAAAGAGCUAGGCUCGCAAACGUCACCUGGUUUUAAGGGAAUUCCGUUCCAGGGAUGAAUUGUGGCUGCUUCCUGAAGAGCCUUUACACUUGAAAUCCAUAGCUCAACCUCAUUCAAAGUAAAGAACAGCAGCAAAUAAAUGUUAAAUCAACCUCUA